UCAACCGUUGGCCUAUCGGUGUGUGCGGAUUUUAGGGCCGAACCUCUCCUCGGGGGAAGGCAGCAGCGCUGCUUCCGUAAAUAUAGACAUGCUAAUAGCCUUGGAGAAGCACCUUACUGCCUUCAUAUUCCCAUAACAGACGACAGUACCACUUUACCUUCAGACUGCCCCGUAAUGGCACAAUGGAAACUCGAAGAAGAGACCGUACCGGAAGACAUCUUGACGCUUCUGCUAAGCUCCAGAUUAACACCGAUCACCAACGCGUCAAACAGUAGUUCGCCGGUAGAGGCACUGCUUAGUGGGGAAAUCCGCUUGUCUGUCUACAUCAUCCGUCCCGCUUCACAUUUUGCGACUGAUAGUAACAUCACUGUAGCGUCAAAAUUUAAUCUUCGUCACCAUGUCGCCAAUCAUUUGCUUGUGCCCGGUCAGUAUAUGCUGACAAAGGUUUUCCGAAUUGGUCUCGUGAAGUGGAUACAAGGCUGUAUCUUGCGUCGCACCGGAAAUUUAACAGACGAAGUGGAUGUGCAUUUCUCCCUCUGGCUCAUCAUUGCUGCCCAUUUGGGCUGUGGCGCUCUUUGUUGGACCGGCUUACAUUUUGAAUCAUCACGUUACUCAUCUACCCCGAUAUGCAUUAGAUCAAGACCGUUUGUUUUUAAUUGUGUGCCGCCCGGAGAUUCUCUUACUUGGUUUGUUUCUAACUUGCAAAUCGAGUUGCUACGUGUUGAGUUCGACCACUUCAGUGCUAGUCAACAGUCCCUAUCUCCAUCGGAACUGGCACAGUCAGUGCUCCGUUUUGCACGACAAAAACCCGAAUUGGCAACCAAGAGACUGGAAACAGUCGCAAACAGUGCUUCGCUGGCAGGAAAAACUAUUGGAUUUGAGGCAUACAAAUCACUUUUUAACUUCUUAUAUGUGAUUGAAGACUUUUCUUCGGCUCUGAAGAUGUUCGCGAUUGCCAAACACAGCAUUUCCAAGGAGGAAUUUCAACGCGCAGCUCGUGCGGUGACUGGUUCGUUUCUUGAUCCUAUCCUGGUUGACACCUUGUUCAUUCUUUUUGAUUCUGAUGGUGAUGGACACCUCAGUUACCAUGAGUUUAUCGAGACAAUACGUGCACGCGGAAUAGCUGGUGCUCAGUUCACUCGUUUCUCAGAGGGGCAAGUUUGGCUACUGUCGCGAGUAGUUGUUAUCAAUGAGUAUCUUUCCAGUUUAGCUAACUGCCAGUUAUGCUCACUAUCCAGACAGCCGUUAGUACACACUAUACAGAACAUGGUCCACAUGUUGCUGAAAAAUUCGACGGUCCACGAUCGGUUUCGUUCUUUUUGGAACCCAUUAGGUGGGCGCAGUCUCCGAGUUUCCGUCAACCUUAGGUUCUACUUGAACGCGAAAUGCACGAAAUCAGCUAACUACACUCAUUUGCAUACCAAUUUGAUUUUGGACCCGGCCCUUCGGUUCUCCUACUGGCCUCGAUACGUUGCCCGGCUUCUAAGGUUCCGCGCAGUAUAUCGCAAGGAACUUCUCGGGUGGAAAUUACAAACAGAGCAACCCUUUGAAAGGCCUGAUAAGAAGCCAAAUGAGUAUCGUGAAGAUGCGUACCUCCCUAUUUGGCGCUUUUCGGAAGCUCCUCCAUGGAACAUAGCCAACCGUAUAUCAGAGUUCCCCUACCCAGAUACUGACUGGUGCGUGGUCUUGCCAGACGGAAAAAAAGUACGCAAAACACUAAAACCGAUGUUACCAGAGGAACAGCUGAUCUUCAAAGGUGAUCGAGUCAAAAUUCUUGUUGGACCAGAUAAGGGAAAGGUUGGCCUCGUUUCGUCUGUUCUCAAAAUGCGCCGUAUGGUCAUUGUCGAUGGCCUUAAUUAUCGACUUUCCGCGGUUACAGCCGAUGACAUUCGACGUGAAGAAUUACCGCUGUGUCUGGAUACAGAAAUUGCUCUGGUCGAUCCAGUAGACGGUAAACCUUGUCAGCCUUCUUGGCGCUAUGAUGAUAAAGGGAAUCGCGUUCGGGUCUCUUUGAAAACUGGUCGAAUCAUCCCUUUGCCAAUGUCUGCGCGGAUCCUCGAUGAUUUGACUGACCCAAAGGCUGCUAUCCGUGGGCCAAAGGAUACUCCAGCCUCUGUCGUCACUCGUGUGACGUUUAACCCGGCAAACGACUCUUCCAAAAUCUCCUUUGAGGAAGAUUUAUCUGUUCAGUUUGGAUUAGAUACAACAAAGAAGCCAUUUCCAACUUUCUGGUACUAGGCGAUUCGCGUGUGUAAAUAUAGUGCUCAACUACCGUGUUUGCUCAGUCUCUGAAUUGCUCCAAUCCAAUAUANACGGUGGAACGAUCGUCUUCUGUUAUGAAGGCGACCUCUGGGAAAAGCGGGAAGUGAUCCUCUGGAGAAUGAUUUUCGCGUAAAAAAAUCUGUUACGAACUGAGCACGUAUCCUGCUUUAUUUGUAAUAGUUUUGUGUCCCAUGAUUCACUUACUCAGCUUCCUGCAAGUAAAUGUGGUGUUGCUUUUGUCUGCUAAUCGAAG